GACGAUGGAAAUCAGAGAUAUCUCGGAUGCCGAUGGCCAGUACAGUCAGCAGGAUUCCUUUACAAUCUAAGUAGCAGUGAGGUUCUUACGUUGUUGUACACAUAUGGCAGGUCAUCCUAUGCAUAUACCACUUCAUAUCCUUUCCGACCCCUCGUUUGGCUUCCUCACGACCAUGCGAUGCGCCGUAACGAUGACCCAGGUUUGCAAUAUUCCAUUGCUGGAGGAACACCUUGAUAGGCUUGAAUCGGUCUGGGCUAGCUACGAGAAUGCGAUGCAAGGGUCUUCAUCCUUUAGGAUGCGUUUGAAAAGCCAAAUCCAGGACUUUGUGAAAGAACAGUCUCCGGCCGAUUAUAGGCUUCGAGCGGUACUCUCGACUGGUGGCCAGCUAGACCUUCAAGCAGUCCCACUACCUGCUUCAAGUCCUCCUUUUGCGACUCACCCUGAUCAGCUAGGGCUGGCUCGCUAUGACGUCUUGCUCAACCCGGAGAGUUGUACAUCAGGCAAGACGUACGAAGACUUGUAUCGGAUCAAAACAACCAGGCGGGAGAUAUACGAGCUACCGCUGCAACAAACCAAAGAUCUAGCUCGCCAAGCGGGGAUCGCGAUACCGUUCGAUACGAUAAUGCAUUGGCAACAGCCCGGAUCCACGGCCAGGGAGAACGAUCUGGUUUCGGAGACUUCUUUCGCCAAUAUUGCGGUUCACGUCCCGCUCGGCGACGGAAGUCCUGAAUGGUUGACACCGGAAGAGAGUGAUACCGUUCCCUUCUUGUCUGGCGUUAUGAGACGACAUCUGCUGGAACGGGGAGUUCUCAGGACCGGUCGGAUUACGGUCCGAGAUUUUGAACGAUGGGUAGCGGAGGGUAGACGGGUCAUAGGGAUGAAUGGGCUCAAAGGGGUGUGGGAAGCCAAUGUGCUGUCGUUACAAAUGUGAACGUUCAAGUGCAGACGACUGGAUCACAGUCUAAGAGACUUGGAGCAGGAGCUUGAGAAUAAGACAAUAUUUACGCGGAAGAGGAGUGUUAUGCGGAAGAUAAGAGGCAGAAUGAUGCAUACAUAUAGCAUAUAGUGACACGGUACAUCACAUC